AUGCCAAAAUCUCGUAAAGAGCGCAUGGAGGCGCGUAUAUUGCGCAUGAAACAGAAUAGAGAGCGUCAGGGAGAGUACAUAGCCCAGAUGAAUGCCAUCAAACUCACUGACGAGCAGAAGGCCUUAAUGAAGUCGACAAAGCAUUUCGGACAAAAGCCAGCCAAAAAAGACCAGCUCCGUGAAGACUUAACCCGGGAGCGCGUCGGUCUAAAACCUAUACAUAUGCAUUUAUAUCGAGAGGUCGUCGUGGAUGACAAUCUCUUUUGUGAGACUUCUCUUACCCUGCCCAACUCUUUAUCCAAUACACUGUCUGAGCCACUUGAUAACGUUAACAUUAGGGAGCCUGCACCUAAACUAGGUCCUGAACUACACAACUCAGAACCAGAACCAGAUGCAAAUGCAAAUGCAGAAUUAGAAGCAAGCAAUCAACAGGCACAUGCGACCAAGGUAGUGUAUGAUGCUCAAGGAGAUGUUGUUGAGAUUGAAGGGCUGCCAGCAGAUCUUUACCCAGAGCUCAUUAUAGACUCCUUGUUGCACAACGACGACGUUGCCUUCCCCCGCUUUUCUAGAGUCGAUACUAUUGAAGCCGAGCGAGCAAAUCUGCCCUCUUUUGGCAUGCAGUAUUCUUUUCUCGAGCUACUGGGGAAGACAGAUGUCCUGUUGAUCAAGGGCUCGACUGGCUCUGGAAAAUCGACCCAGAUACCUCAGUUUCUUCUAGAGGGUGGAUACUCAUCUCUUGCAUAUCCUUAUAUGAUGGCUGGAGCUUCCUGUCUUAAGCCCCAAAGGGACGCGCGGUAUGGCUAUGGGGGAAAGAUUGUUGUGACCCAGCCACGACGCAUUGCAGCUAUUGGUGUAAGCAGUCGCAUUGCAGAGGAGCUUGGACAAGCUGUUGGGGACACUGCAGGCUAUGUUAUCAAGCAAAACAGUCGUGUCGACAACGGCGGAAAAGACAGCACCAGAGUGGUAUUUGUAACAGAGGGUGUUUUACUCAAGAUGAUAGAGGCAGAUUUUUUGGUGUCUGACACGUCUAUCAUCAUACUGGACGAAGCCCAUGAGCGCACCAUUAACCUAGAUCUGCUUAUAGGAUUAUUAGGAAGGAUAUGUGCUGCCAGACGAUCUCUCUUUAACAACUGGUUGGCGAAAUAUAAAGAUUUAAUUCUCAAUCUAACUUCCCAGUACACUAACUUCUGCUCUGAGCCUAACUCACAGAAAUCUAGAAAUGGAAGGGUGUUUGGGGACGUUGGAGGGGGAGAUGCCCUGGCUGCACAGCGAUAUUAUGAAAAGGAUAGGGACGCAGAACAAGAAGAGCAGGAUGAAGAUGAAGAUGAGGAUGACGAAGGGGAGAAUGAAGAAGACGAAGAAGAUAGCGAAGAUCCAGAUACUAGUAAUGAAUCUAUAUCAUGUCGUGAGACAACUGACUUGUCAAAGCUUACAUUCCAGCGCUCUCGGUCGUUCUUUCAAGCAGCAUUCUCGGAAAAGGAGGACCUAUCGCUGCCUGAGUACUUUGACUCAAAAGAAUAUACCACCCUUUUGAAAGAGUUCGCUGUGCUGUGCCGUGAUCCGCCUCCAGCAACGCCACUAAAACUUAUAAUCAUGUCUGCCACGCUCCAUCAAAAGGAGCUUUUAGAAAACGAUGCACUGUUUCAUUGCAAACCGUUAGUAUUCGAGAUCCCUAUGCGUACAUAUCCUGUUGCCAUUCACUACGAAAUUGCGACAGAGCCCAAUUAUGUGCAAGCUGCAAUCGACAAGGCGAUUACGAUACACAAAUACUAUGAUCCAGGGUCAAUACUCAUAUUCCUAAGUGGAAAGAGAGAAAUAGAGAGGUGCAUAGAUGGCCUUAACAGUAACUUGCUCCAUAAAGGCACGCACGUGGAGAAGAAACACAAUGAUAAAGCGCUGCGUAAACACCUCCAUGACAAGCGUGCGUACAGAGACACUUUUGAUAAUACCAUAUUCGACCCAGUACAAGAUGUAAGUGAUGACGACGGAGAAGAAGGAUAUGAGUCUAAUCCUGUACUAAGAAUGCUCCAGGACUACGCUAACGAGGUCAAGGGAGAAGCACGACGAAACGAGCUAGAGGCCGCAGACCGAUCUGUAGAGCCUUCACAACCUCUAACGCAAAACAGCCCAGCGUUCACGACUAACGACGCCAUCUUCAACACAUAUAACACCGUGCUAACUUCAAAUAAGAUAUCCAGCACAGGUCAGCAACAGGAUGAACAAGAGGUUGAGCAGUUGAUAAAAGAGUUUAAGGAAUGCGAGGCGCAAAGGCACACAGGAGUCGUCAAGGCUGCACCUCCAGAACCUAUAAUCUUGCCGCUCUAUGGAACCCUUGAUAUUGUCGAACAGUCUCGAAUAUUCUCUAAAGAAUACCAAGACAAGGCUAAGCACCGUCUUAUUAUUGUGUCUACAAACGUGGCAGAAGCGUCAAUCACUAUCCCCAACAUUCGAUAUGUAGUGGACGCUGGCAAGGCAAAGGAGAAACAAGAGUACAAUGCAGUUACCGCCCUCACUGUGCAGUUCAUUUCAAAGGCAAAUGCGGACCAGCGUGCUGGACGAGCUGGGAGAACAGCGCCAGGUCACUGCUUCCGGCUGUAUUCUCCUGGCUUGUUUCAACGAAUGCACGACUUUCCUGUUCCAGAGAUCCUGCGCUUGCCUAUAACAGGGCUUAUUCUUGCAAUGCUGAAACUAGGGGCGUCAGAUGUUCGGUCCUUCCCGUUUGUGACCCACCCAGGACCUGACAGACUUGACAAGGCACUUGCAGAGCUCGUAGUGCUGGAUGCUAUUCGAGAAAGGUCGGGGACCACGACCCUUAUCGAUCUGUACACCGGAUCCUUCAUCUCUACGGAUAAAGAGAGUGGCACUAACACAAAGACCACCAAAACAAACUAUGCUCUUUCAAAGUUGGGCAACUUAAUGGCUGCAAUUCCCCUUUGUCCGAGGAUGAGCAAGCUAGUCGUCAAGUCAGUGUUGUACUUCCACAAACAGCCCACAGCCCACGGGUCCUCAUUUCUCAUAUAUGCCGUUCUUCUUGCUAGUGGCUACUACAGUCAGCUGUCCACGAUUGCGCCCAUUCGCUGGCCCGUCACAAGCGGCAGUGGGGAUGCCCUCUCAAAGCUAUUCACCAUCUGUGCUCUUCUUUGCUUCAAGGAUAAGCACUCUGCGUCGCGCUUUUGUAAGGAGUACUGUCUGCGCUAUGACGAAGCGCAUCAGGUACUUACCACCGCCAUACAGAUCUUCAAUAUCAUUAAUAUCCCCCCAUUCGAUGAUCUUUUCAAACAAGUGUAUGCGCAGGCUCCCAAUAAGGAGGUGAUAAUGUCGACUAUAAAGGUGACAACGCCGGCCACAUUUACCCCGGAGCUUAGAAUGGUCAUCAAUUGGCUUCUGAUGCAGUCCUUUCCAGACCAGCUUGCAUUCAGAGAAUCCACAGACAGCGGGAAAUAUAUCUUUCAAGGUGUGUCGGCCCGUGAACUCCUGAAAACGCCUAGUGAAUACAGGGACCUGCAAGCGGUCGACAAGAUACAGGGGAGUAACCGGUUCAACUUGACAACCCAGCAGGUAGACUUGUUCUUACAGUAUAAGCCUUACACAAACACUGGGGCCCUUUCUCACACGUCAGACAUCUAUUGCUGUGCUGAUUCCAUCCAGUCACUGCCACCUUGUGUCUUGUACACAUCGGCUAGAGUAGAACUCUACGUCAAUAAGACGCUAGAGAUGUCUGCGACCAACAUUGAAGAAAUCAAGAAGGCCCUUCGUAUCUCUGUCCACUUGGAGGGCGUUGUGGAGGUUAGCAAAGCACUCCUCUGCCAAACACAGGACUUUCUGAUCAGUCCGUGCUUCACUAUGAUGGAGCAAACCAAGCAGCGCUACGACAGACAAAAAGACAUGCUGGUUGGGGAGUCCAUGCUGCAUUAUGUGGGACUACCGUUGGUGGAUGGGAGUAGCGAAGAGCCAGCUUUCUCCAUGGGGUCCGUUCUUGUCGGAUCUUGUACAGAGCUCUAUCCGGGACGAAAGUACAUUGAUGAGCAACUGGAGGCAAAGAUGUCCCCAUGCAUCCUGAGUACACUACUAAGAUCUAUCUAUCACAGGAGGUUCCUGGCUGCAAUUCUGGCAGGAGAUAUACUACCAGAUCUUAAGUGCAUCAGCGAAAAGGUCUCUGUGGCAAUGAGGGAUCUUUCAAAUCCCCGCUGUAGGAAGUCCUCUAGAGAACUGGAUAUUGCUCUCCUCAACAUACAGGAGUGUGAAGCUUACUCCAGGACUGGAAUCAUAAAGUAUUAUGAGGCACGCUGCGCAGGCCUGGACCAAAAACAACAGGAAGAACUAAUAGGAAAUGACCGCCUAACGACGAGCAUCUCCCGCUGCUACAGGGCUGACUAUAGCAAGGCAUUUGUAGCCAUUUGGAAGAGAAAUGUUCAAUUUAUAUUAAAUGAAACCUGA